AUGACGCGCCACGUAUUCAUGCAGUUGCUACUGCUCGUGGCUGUGUGGACUCUUUACUGCUGGACGGGGGUACUGGCUGUCGGUGAUGAAAUAGUGUGGCUCUGGAAAAAGCCCCCCGCAUACUGGCAUGAGAAGAAAAGUGAAUUUGAUAUGAUCCUUGAGGAAACGUCUCAUGGUGCAAUGGAUUUGAAAAGACCAUUACAUUGGUCGGAAUUUCUCGUUCGUGAGGACAACAUCACGUUUCAGGGAAAUGUGCAGUGUGGAGGUGGAUAUUGCCCUGCUGAAGCCCCUAUUUGCUGUGGAGAGGCCCCACACUUCUACUGUGCGCCUGGUGGGACUAAAUGUUGCUUUGCACCUUAUGGUAAGGUGGCGGCAUGUGAACAGAGUGCUGAGUGCUGUAUUUCGGGAACGAAUGCGACGUGUUGUACGCAAGGCACAACAUGUCGCAGAGAUGUGAACGGGCCAACAUGUGCUAGAGAAACUUGCACCAAGUAUCAAACAUCGGAUGAUUGUAUACACAAUACGACAGGAUGCGCAUGGUGUUGCGCGGAGCGGCGCUGUAUUAAUAACAGCCAAACGUGUUCAACGGGAAACCGCCCUAUUGGACUGGGCGAAACGUGUUCUCCCUGUCAGUAUGCAGAUACGUGUACUCUCUGUCUCACGUAUAACAUUUCAAUAAAUGCGUCGGAUGCGUGUUCAUGGUGCUGUGCGACGCAGUCAUGCAUACCCAUCAGUGAAAAUAUGGAGUGCGGUAACGAUCAGCAUGUCCAAGAGUUAGGUCUAUGCCCCGUGUGUCAGGCUAAUGGAGCUGGAAUAAACCCUGAGUUUGUGGGAACGAUGACACAGUUUUUCGGGAUGAUCUCGGGUGUUGUUCUCGUCGUGGGCAUCAUGUCAUGUAUUGGUGUCUCCCGAGCCUGUAUAUACUUUCGUGGGAGUAUGUUGAUGAGCAAUGGAAUGCGUGUGUCUGACGUCGAUGCUCAAAUGGCAGUCCGGCGCCAUGGGUUUGGCUCCAGGGAAACUGCAUCCAUGCAAGAACGCGUGAAGGGCAGUUUAAACCGUUUCUUUGGCGCGGUAUUAUCAUUGUUCAGGUCAAAGUCCAAAACUGAAAAUCCAACGGGGGCGGCACAGGUAUCACCUUCUUUGGGCAGUGUGGUGUCCUGCACCGCGUGCCAUCGCAUUCAACAUGUACGCAGACUUGCUUCCGUUGCCAACACCAUGAAAGGUAUCAAAAGGAUUCAAGAAGGAACUGGAAGCAAUCCAAACGAUGAUGUCCAUCCAGUGGAUGACGAUAUUGUCAUUCUGUUGCCAUGCUGUCAUGCAUUUUGUCGUCCGUGCGUUGGAUUGAUACCCACAACGAAGCCUUCGGCGGUGCGACCCAAUGAAUGCGCCACCGAGGCCCAGCCAAACUGUAAUGACGAGAUACGGGAAGAUUACAUUCGUGUGUAUCCGUCAACAGAAGAGGACAUGACUGACUCUCAAGUACGAGAGCCAUCAGCUCCGGAUGUGCGACACGCUUCGCAUGAGGAGCAGCAAGUAUUGUUGUCGGUUUUGGGGAGAAGAGGCGGAAAUGAAGGUGACACCGAUAUUGCAAAUACAUCCUCCACAACAGGACAACCACAGCGCGAAAUUCGGAAUUGGAGGGAGGGGUUGCUGCACUCAUGGCGAAGACUAAGUCUUUGGAGGGUUCGCACUGCAUCACGGGAAGAUAAAUUGACGGGGAAUACCGUGCUAAAGAACAUAAGAUACAAGUGCCCCAAAUGCAAACAAGAGGUAAAGGAUGUGCUUCUCCCCGAAAAUAUUCUGAAGUUGUAG